CACAUCUUGUAUCCAUUCUCAAUUUCAUACUCUACACACCAAGCUUUCUUUCAGCGUUAAAAUUUCAUUUUGCGACUUUCGAUUAAAUGGCGCCUAAGGGAGAGAAGAAGCCUGCGGAGAAGAAACCAGUGGAGGAGAAGAAAUCAACUGUAGCUGAGAAGGUUCCGGCAGAGAAGAAGCCAAAGGCCGGAAAGAAGCUACCUAAGGACGGUGGUGCCGCCGCCGGAGACAAGAAGAAGAAGAGAAACAAGAAGAGUGUAGAGACAUACAAGAUCUACAUCUUCAAGGUUCUGAAACAAGUUCACCCUGACAUUGGUAUCUCAAGCAAGGCUAUGGGUAUCAUGAACAGUUUCAUCAACGACAUCUUCGAGAAGCUAGCUGCAGAAUCUUCAAGACUUGCAAGGUACAACAAGAAGCCAACAAUCACUUCAAGGGAAAUUCAGACUGCAGUCAGACUAGUUCUUCCCGGAGAAUUGGCGAAGCAUGCUGUCUCCGAGGGUACAAAAGCUGUAACUAAGUUCACAAGAGAGAAGAAGCCAGCGGAGAAGAAACCCAUAGAGGAGAAGAAGUCGACGGUAGCUGAGAAGACUCCGGCUGAGAAAAAGCCAAAGGCCGGAAAGAAGCUGCCUAAGGAUGGUGGUGCCGCCGCCGGAGACAAGAAGAAGAAGAGAAACAAGAAGAGCGUGGAGACAUACAAGAUCUACAUCUUCAAGGUUCUGAAGCAAGUUCACCCUGACAUUGGUAUCUCAAGCAAGGCCAUGGGAAUCAUGAACAGUUUCAUCAACGACAUAUUCGAGAAGCUUGCUGCAGAAUCUUCGAGGCUUGCAAGAUACAACAAGAAGCCAACGAUCACUUCCAGGGAAAUUCAGACCGCGGUCAGGCUUGUUCUGCCCGGUGAAUUGGCGAAGCAUGCCGUUUCUGAGGGCACCAAAGCCGUAACCAAGUUCACAAGCUCUUAGACUUGAAUAAAUUAAGCUGCCAAUUAUCAGUAUUUCAUUUUUAGAUCUUGUUUAGGUAUCCUUAGAAAGUUUAAUUUAGGGUUUUUUCUAGCUUUUAAAAUGGUAGGCAAAGUAAUGGAUUCUGUUUCUAUUAAAAGUGUAGACGAAGUAAUGGAUUCUUUAUUUAUACA